CGAAGCGCGCGCUCGUUAAGUGCUUAACAACAGCAGCAGCAGCGGCGGAGUAUCUGAUCUGCAGCGCUCAAAACACCGAAUUAAAUCCGGUUAUUAAUCCGAUUUAACCUGUUUAACAGUGUCCCUGAUAUAUAGAGACGAGGGAGGGUUGUGCGCGGACAUGUUCAGAUGAGCAGGUGAGUGUGGAAUGACGACGUCUCAGAGGUAUCAGAGCUCCAGAGCUAAAGCCGGACUCUCGGACAUGGAGUUCCAGACGCCAGCUAUAUCAGAGAAAUUCCAGAGCCGCUUUGGCUGGAAGCCGAGCCGAGCCGAUCACGCGGACACCGGGCUGGGCACCACGGUCUCGGACAGCGCAGAAGAGCUGUGCAGCUCCAGCAGCAGUCCGUCCUUCCAGCCAAUCAGGAGUCAGAUCCCCAUCCCGACGGCUCAUGUCAUGCCGUCCACCGCCGGUCCCCCGGCAUCGUCGACCCGGUCCAGUUCCUCCAGCUCCAAAUCCUCCCUGUCCAAAUCCGUAUCGUCCCCCAACCUGGACCUGCAGGGCGGAGUCAACGCAGAGGGGGGCGGAGCUAAACAGGACUGUCUGAGUCGCUACCGCAGCCUCGUCAACGGCCUCGACCACUCCCUCUUCCCCAGUGCUGACCAGACCCGACUGGACGAUGGACACCGGUUCGAGACCCCUGCUGUGGAGCCCACCCUGAACCAGUCCGGCUUACUGGGAGGUCUGAUGGGAGGUUAUAGUCCGGAUGUACGGAUGCAGCUGCACAUGACCGGUCUCAGGGACGACGCUGAGUGUCGGAGUGAUGGUUACUGCGGUUCUUUAGAACAGACCUAUAAGGUUCUUCCUGAAGCCAGACCGGGCGUUCCCUGCUCCUCGGACCCCUGCGGUAAACGGGGCGUCCCCUCGGGCCCCGGGGCCCCUGGAGACCCUUCAGGCUGGCAGCAGCACAAACAGAAACUGGAGAGUCUGCGGCUGCAGGUGGAGCAGAUGCAGUUAAUGACUGGUGGGAGUGGUCAGUACUCCGCUCUGUACCCGCCUCCUCUACAGACAGAGAGUAAAUGGGAGGCGGUUGUGAAGGCCAAUGAGAAUCUGCUGAAAGAAAAGGAGCUCAUCAUCGAAAGGCAGAAGCAGCAGCUGUGUCAGCUGGAGCAGCGUCUCAGAGAGAGCGAGCUGCAGAUACACAGCGCUCUGAUGGGCCGAGGAGCUCCGUUUACCGACGUCUGUCUGCUACGACUGCAGGAGGCUCAGCGCGAGAACGCGUUCCUGCGCUCUCAGUUUGCGGAGUGCAGCGACUCUCUGGCUCAGGAGAAGCUGGAGGCGGAGCGUCGACUGGCGGCUGUAGAGGUGGAGACCCAGCGGCUGAGCGAGACUCUGAAGGAGAGCCGAGAGAAACACAGUGAGGAGCUGAAGAAGCAGGAGGACCGGAUUCGAAAUCGAGAUAAACACAUCAACAACCUGAAGAAGAAGUGUCAGAAAGAGAGCGAGCAGAACCGAGAGAAACAGCAGCGUAUCGAAACACUCGAGCGCUACCUCGCCGACAUGCCCACCAUGGAGGACUACCAGAACCAGCGGAAACGGUUGGAGGCAGCGGAGCAGAAGGUGGAUGAGCUCCAUGCUACAGAGCUGGCAUUGGAGGCCCAGCUGGAGGAGGCUCGAUCAGCCAAUCGCAGCAAAGACAGCCAGCUGGAGGAACAGAGACGCAGAGAGAGAGAACUGCUCAACACAGUCACCAGUCUGCAGGCGAGGGUUCAGGAAGGGCUGGAGGAUGGAGCUCGGUUGCCCUCUCUGGAUGUGGAGAAGCUCAGAGAGGAGAACGCUGCUCUGAGGGAGGAGCAGCAGAAGCUGAAGAAGGUCAUAGAGAAGCAGCUGAGGAUGAUGGAGCAGCUUGGCUCACAGAUCAGGAGUGUGCAGCAGCAGCUGUGUGAGGAGGAGAGCAGUAGUCAGGCUCUAAGGGAGGAGCUGGAGGUGAAGGAGAAGGAGCUGCUGCAGUUACACUCCGCCAUGAAGGAGCUGUUGGUGCAGAAUCAGGAUCUGAUGGAGCAGGGUGUGGGUCUGCGGGAGCGUCUGCAGGCGUCGGGGGGGUGGGCUGAUGGAGAGGUGGGCGGAGCCCUGCAGCCGGCGGGGGUCCAGCUCACUCAGCAGCUCCACAGAGAGAUGGCAGCCUGCCUGAGUGACCUGAGCUCCCUCUGCAGCGUCCUCACACAUACCGCACACGGCAAGGACCCCAACCUCUCCCUGCUGCUUGGAAUCAGCUCGGUUCCUGUGGUGUUGGAUCAGUGUGAUGACUGGAACAGUCCUGCUGUUCUGCAGAAGAAACUGCAGGAGGCGCUGCAGCUCCGCCGGGACGUGGAGGCCCUGCGGACCACCGUCUCGGACCGCUACGCCCAGGACAUGGGGGACAACUGCACCACCCAGUGACCCGCGGCCUGCAGAACCUGAGGAACCGACCAAACUCAUUCAGCUCGGGCCUUUUCCUCCAAAAGAACCAUUUGAACCAUGUGCCUUCUUUCAGAACCGUCUGGAACACUGAUCAGGUUCUGUUCAUGCUUUUUCUUCUGAAAGGGCUACAUUACUAACGCUGAUGCUAAUGCUAAUGCUAACGGACACUACAGUGGUUUAUUUUUAUAUAUACAGGAUGUAAUAUUGCUAUUUUUCUAAACUCUGCAGCCGCUUGUGUUCCUGUGUGACGUUAGCGUUCCCUGGUGUUGGGGAACGGAUGUGAUGUGGUUGACAAUCAACUGAAAAUGUUUUUAAUCUGUUUGUUUUCUGUAUUUUUGUGUGAAUUUAGGAGUGAUUUAGGAGUGCUCAUCAUCUCAGAUUAACAUGAGCGUGAGGGCGAACACUACAGCCUUUAUAUCUCACCUGUGCUGAGGUUGUGCCUUUAUGCGAAGUUAAAAUUACAUUUUUAAAAAUAAAAUUUGUAUUUGA